GAUUUCAGUGUGAACUCAAAAAUGGCAACACGCUUGGCAUUUCCAAAGGAGUAAUAUGUAAACAUGCAGCUUUCCUUGCAAGCGUUCCACGAAGCCGAUUGGCCAAGAAAGCAUUACGUACCUGCAGACACUGCCACCCAUAGAAGAAACCUCCACUGCUGCUUGGUAAGCAAAGGUUUAAAAACCGCAUCUCCUGCUUCUGAUUUGGCUGCUCCAUGUCCAUACAUACAAAUAUUCCUUCUACUCACUCUCAGCUCCUUCUACUCACUAUUGCACACCAUGUCCAACGUCUUUACAUUUGUUAAACCAUCCGCAUUCAAACCCCGCACAGAGAUAUACCAAGGGUCAUUCACUGCGAGCUCUGAGGUCGAGGCUAUGCAACCAGUCUACCGGGUCUAUCACAAAGGACGUGUGCUAGACAUUGCUCCGGCCGACUCCAACGAAACACCGAUUAUCACCUGUCGCCUGGAAGGGUUCAGACGGCGCCGAGGAAAACUGUACGGAUCGAACACAAUUGCACCUAUAAACAUGGAAGGCCGCAUCAAGGACAAUUGGAUAAUUCACGACUUUGAGGGUAACCAGUACAAAUGGAAGAUCAAGUCGUUUCGCGGUCCAGCAUGGGUAUUGCUCGAUGAGAACGAGAAUAUCAUUGCGUCCUUCGACAGAUCUGCAUGGAGAAGGCAUGUCAACGGACGUCUGACUAUUACAAAGCCAGUAUCCAAGGACUUCCUGCUAAUCAUCCUGCUUACAAAUCGUCUGGUUCUCAGAACAGUACAGGAUAAGGAAACCGCUGCGUCCGCCGCUGUUGCCACCUAAGGCAUAUGGUGCAUAUAGUUUGUUAUUGCUUCGGCAUUACAAUUCCGCAGAAUUUUCGAUGUGUUCAUCUGCCAAGAAAUCAAGACAUGACACCCUACUUCCACUCUACGCACUGAACAGUGAAAAUACAGUGGCUUUUGGUAAAACAACAUGAAUACAUCCUGUUGUUGACACCGAGUUUUCUGCACUCUACUGCGCCUUCGAGGAAUCGCAAUUUAUAAAGAUGGCCAGCGCUUUUAUCUUCAAAAAAAAGCUGCUUUCUGUUCUAGGAGCAUCCAUGUCCAGCAGGGCUUUUUUUUACUUCCAGUCCAGUGCGGUUUCCAACUUGACCAGUCACGGGACCUCGGGAACUCAUGGCUCUCAAUCCUUGGGCCACAAUGGCCUUAUCGUCAUUUUGAGCAGCAGGUGCCAUAUACAAGCAGGCGCCAGCCCCUCCAGCUUAUGAUUCCUCCUUCCUUCUUUC